AUGCAGACACAGCACAAGGCUCGUGAGAGGCGAAAAGUGCAGCGUAUAGAGCUGCUUCACUCUAUGACUGCAGACGAGCGUCACAAGUUCUUACUGCAAGAGACUACAGAGAAGGAAAAAGCUCUGCAACGUCUGCAACGAGCGGCAGCUCUGGACAGUCCCAACCAGCGACUUGUGAUUGAUUUGGGCUUCGAUCACAUCAUGAACGAGAAAGAAUCUCGAAGUCUGACAAAGCAGCUUAAAUUCUGUUAUGGAGCAAUCAAGCACAUGGUUGAGCCGUUCCAGUUGAUCUUUUGCAAUCCCAGUGGACAACUAGAGCGCUCGCUGGAACGCUAUGGUGCUAGCAAUUGGCACGUUCAGUGGCGACGUGGAGCUGAAAGCGUUGCAGAACAUUUUCAGCCGGACCAACUCGUGUAUCUAUCGCCUGAUUCUCCAAAUGUGCUUUAUAAAAUCGAUCGUGAAAAGAUUUACGUUAUUGGAGGCAUUGUGGAUAAGUCUCGGAAAAAGGGAGCAACGCUUCAUGCUGCUACAGAGUGUGGUAUUGCAACAGUCCGACUGCCGAUUCAGGAGAAUCUUCCAGAGCGGCUGGAUCAUAUUUUGAACGUUAACACGGUCGUUGACGUGCUCAUCAAGUUUCGAGAGCUCGGGGACUGGCCGCGUGUGCUAGAAGUCGCGCUGCCACAGCGCAAACGAAGCCAGAUAGGUCGAAAGGCUAUUCGGCGACGGCAGAGGCAGCAAAUGCUACAGAACUGUUCGGCUAAUGAAACCGGUAUCAAUCAUGCAACUGAUGCCAUCUGCAGGCAUAAAGACCAAAAAUCCAAGCAGCAUGCUGAUAUGAGCGACAAGCCUGACGACACAGAAGCGGGAUUGUCUCCAAUCGAGGACAUAAGCUUAUGGCUCGAGGAUCUAGCGGCAUGA